GUAUAGAUGCACUGUGGAUGGUUACUACAACGAGUACGGACCCUUGCUUGACCUGCCACGACUGCCUACAGCGGGUUUCCAACGGGCGGUUAGGUUCCCUGGAUGGACACCCUCCUCUUUUCUUCGGUGCUUUUCCAGGCCAAUGGAUCUUGCCUAACCAGCCAUUCUUUACCUAGCAAAUGACUUUCGGUGGGAUUUUGGGCGAGUUGCUUGCGAUGUGCCCGCUGGGUGUGUUUUGUUUUCUGCUCUGCAUUCGACUACUCGUACUGCCGUCACUUGUAAAAGGCCUAACACAAUGGCCCAAGUACCCUGUGUGGCAUCUUGUUCGCUGCAUUUCCAUGUCUCCUACACCACACUUUUUCACAAGAGCCCGCAGCCUCAAUGGAGAUGAAGGAACAUUGACUACAGUUACGAGUAUGCAACUACGAGGUACGCCUAACAAGUAUACGAAACGACCGUAAUGCACGAAAAGAGCCAAUACAACGAGACCCCUUGGCCGGGCAGCAGCCCGAGAUGUGG